AUGCGAACGAAAAAGGUAAAGGACUUACUAGUGGACGAGGAAUGUGUUGGAGUUGAAGUAGUAAAUAGGGUCGCCGGAAUCUGGAUGCUGUUGGCCGGAAAUGCGCUACUGGAAAUUGGAAAUGCACGAGGAAGGGAGAAAGUGGCAAAUAGAGUUAACUGGAAUUUGGCAGCCCCUAUUUAUAGGGAGCGAAAUGGGGGGGAAACGAGGUACGGAGACCGAAGGGACGCGACAACUGAAAAUACGCGGACGCCACUUCCCAAUGUCAGCACUGUACCGGAGGUGGCCGCGGCAGAGCGGUGUGAUGAUGGGCUUCCACGUGGCAGGGGGAUAGAUCAGCAUAAAUAUGCAAGUAUAAUUGGAAGUUUGAUAUAUGCCAUUGAUUGUAUUCGACCAGAUAUUGCUUAUGCUGUAAAUAUUUUGGGUAGAUUUACAAGUAAACCUAGUUAUGAUCAUUGGAAUGCUAUUGUUCAUGUUAUGAAAUACCUUAAAGGUACUAUAAAUUAUGGUUUACAUUAUAAAAAUUAUCUGGCUAUUCUAGAAGGGUUUAAUGAUGCAAAUUUAAAUUCUCAAUCUGGUGAUUCAUUAUCUACCACUGUUUAUAUUUUUAUUUUGGGUGGUGCAACUGUGUGUUGGAGAUCUAAAAAACAACACAUUAUUGCUAAAUCUGCUAUGGAAGCUGAGCUUAUAGCUUUAGCUUCUGUUGGUGAAGAGAUCAAAGGGAAGCAACAACAAAGAUUUGGGCUGUUGUAUCCUAGAGGCGGUGCGCUAGAUCUUUUACAUCAGUUAAAAGAAAAUACCUGGUAUCAGAACCUCGUUUCUUUACAAGAAUCAAUGGCGGUAGAUACUAGAUCUCAGGACUCCAAGAAAUUGGAGGAGAACAUGCUAGCUUUGUUGAGAGAGCAGAGAGAACAGUUUGAAAGGGAAAUGGCAGCCCUAAAAUCACUAGUUCUGGAGCUUCACUCUCAGAGAAGUCCAUAUGUAACCAAUUCUUCAGGAACCGAUUGGCACACCAACCAGAAUAGGGGCUAUCAAGCUCUGACAAAGUUCUCCAGGAUGGAUUUUUCAAAGUUCUUUAGUGAAGAUUUUAGUGGGUAG